CCCCGCCGCGCGAUUGGCGGCGGCGGCUGUCGCUCUGGCGGCGCGGCGGCCAAUGAGGGGCGGCGGCGGCGGCGGCGGGGUGCCGCCCCCGGCGCGGUGUGUGAGCGCCUCGGUAACUGGGCGGUCACGUGUUGUUUUGCUCUUUAGUUGGGGCACUCGGUGCGCGAUGCGUUACUCACUGCCACGCUCCCGCCGGCGCAGGCAGCACCAGCGGCAGCGGCAGCGCGGCGAGCUGGGAAGCGCUCGCAGCGCCGGCACCAGCAGCAGCAGCAGCAGGAGCAGCGCUGCCGGCAGCUCAGCCGGGGCAGCAGCAGCAAGAGCAGCAGGAGCCGGAGCCGCUGCCUCCUCCUCCUCGUCCUCCUCCUCCUAGCGCGGUGUCCCCGCCGAGGGCGCCCGUCCCGGCCCGGCGCAGGCAGGCAGCCGCCUGGGGGCCGGGGAUGGCGAGCCCCGCCGUGCUGGGUCCUUCGGGCUCGCCGCCCGGCCCCAACCUGAACAACAACAACAACAACAACCAGGGCGUGAGGAAGUGCGGCUACCUGCGCAAGCAGAAGCACGGCCACAAGCGCUUCUUCGUGCUGCGGGGGCCGGGCGGCGGGGAGGAGGCGGGGGGCGCCCGGCUGGAGUACUACGAGAGCGAGAAGAAAUGGAGGAACAAGUCCGGGGCGCCCAAGCGGGUGAUCGCCCUGGACUCGUGCCUCAACAUCAACAAGCGCGCCGACGCCAAGCACAAGUACCUGAUCGCCCUCUACACCAAGGACGAGUACUUCGCCGUGGCGGCCGAGAACGAGCAGGAGCAGGAGGGCUGGUACCGGGCGCUCACCGACCUGCUGAGCGAGGGCAAGGCGGCCGGGCAGGGCUCGCCGCGCCGCCACCUCCCGUCGCCCUUCGCCGCCUCCUGCAGCGCCGCCGCCGCCGCCGCCUCCUCCUCGCUGGCGGCCGGCGGCGAGGAGCUGGGCUACGGGCUGGUGGCGCCGGCCGCCGCCGCCUACCGGGAGGUCUGGCAGGUGACGCUGAAGCCCAAGGGCUUGGGGCAGAGCAAGAACCUGACGGGCGUGCACCGGCUGUGCCUGUCGGCCCGCACCAUCGGCUUCGUGCGGCUCAACUGCGAGCUGCCGGCGGUCACGCUGCAGCUGAUGAACAUCCGGCGCUGCGGCCACUCGGACAGCUUCUUCUUCAUCGAGGUGGGGCGCUCGGCCGCCACCGGGCCCGGCGAGCUGUGGAUGCAGGCGGACGACUCGGUGGUGGCGCAGAACAUCCACGAGACCAUCCUGGAGGCCAUGAAGGCGCUGAAGGAGCUGUCCGAGUUCCGGCCCCGCAGCAAGAGCCAGUCCUCCUCCUCCUCCUCCUCCGGCGGGGCGGGCGGCGGCGGCGGCUGCGCCCCGUCCUCGGCCACCCACCCCAUCACCGUGCCCGGCCGCCGCCACCACCACCACCCCCACCACCCCCACCACCACCUGGUCAACCUGCCCCCCAGCCAGACCGGGCUGCUGCGCCGCUCCCGCACCGACAGCCUGGCCGCCGGCCCCAAGUGCACGCCCUGCCGGGUGCGGACGGCCAGCGAGGGCGACGGCUGCCGGGUGGGCUCCGCCGCCGGCAGCCCCAUGAGCCCCGGCCCCGUGCGGACCCCGCUGAGCCGCUCGCACACGCUGAGCGGUGCCGGUGCCGGAGGGGCAGCGGGAGCAGCGCGGCCGGCGGGGAAGCUGCUGCCGGUGCUGGGCGGCGGCGGGCUGCAGGGCAGCCGCUCCAUGUCCAUGCCCGCCUCGCACUCGCCGCCCUCGGCCGCCAGCCCGCUCAGCCUGUCGGCCAGCAGCGGGCUGGGCUCGGAGCCGCCGCACCCGCACCAGCCGCAGCGCCCGUCCAGCGGCAGCGCCUCGGUGUCCGGCUCGCCCAGCGACGCCGGCUUCAUGUCCUUCGACGAGUACGGCUCCAGCCCCGGCGGCGACCUGCGGCCCUUCUCCUCCUCCUCCACCGCCAGCAACCGCAGCAACACGCCCGAGUCGGUGGCCGACACCCCCCCGGCGCGGGACCCCGCUGCCGCCGGCGGGGGCACCGAGCUGUACGGCUACAUGGCGAUGGAGAGACCCCCCAGCGGCCGCCUCUGCUACCGGCCCUGCCCCGACCCGGCGGCCGACCGGGGGCACCGCAAGCGGACAUACUCGCUGACCACCCCGUGCCGGCAGAGGCCCCCCCCGCCGCAGCUCUCCUCCGCCUCCCUGGACGAGUACACGCUGAUGCGCGCCUCCUUCGCCGGCAGCGCCGGCCGCCUCUUCCCCUCCUUCCCUGCCGCCGCCUCCCCCAAAGUGACCUACACCCCUUACCCCGAGGUCUACGGGGACAUCGAGAUCGGCUCGCACCGCAGCUCCGGCAGCAGCAGCACCAACCUGGGGCCGCCGGCAGGGGGGGGAGGAGGAGGAGGAGGAGGAGGAGGCGGUGGGGGGGAUGAUGAUGGCUACAUGCCCAUGACCCCCGGGGUGGCAGCAGCCCUGGGGCGGGGGAGCCGGGGAGGCGAUGACUACAUGCCCAUGAGCCCCACCAGCGUGUCCGCCCCCAAGCAGAUCCUACAGCCCCGGCCCGGGGUGGGCGGCGGGUCCCCCGGCAAUGGGAGCAGCUACAAGACCAGCUCGCCCGGGGAGAGCUCCCCUGAUGACAGCGGCUACAUGAGGAUGUGGUGUGGCUCCAAGCUGUCCGUGGAGAGCUCGGACGGGAGGCUGAGCAACGGCGACUACAUCAACAUGUCCCCUCGGGACCCCCACCACGGGCCCCAGGCUCCCUCCCUCACCCCCCCGGACUUCUUCUUCGCCCCUGCGGGGCAUGGGGCCGGCGAGCCCCCCAAGCCCGGCUGCUAUUCCUACAGCUCCUUACCCCGCUCCUACAAGAGUCAGGGCCUGGCUAAGGACAGCGACCAGUACGUCUUCAUGAACUCCCCGGGGAGGAUGAUCCCGGAGGAGGGGGUGUGCGGCACGGGUCCCUCCCCGGCUGUCCCCUUCGCCCCCUCCAGCCACACGGUGCCUUCGCCCCUGCGGCACAGCCGGACCGAGAGCUUCCUGAGCCAGCGGUGCCAGCGGGCGGUCCGGCCCAGCCGCCUCUCUUUGGAGACCUUGCGGACGAUGCUGCCCAGCAUGAACGAGCACCCCCUGCCUCCCGAGCCCAAGAGCCCCGGGGAAUACAUAAACAUCGACUUCGGGGAUGCCGCUGUCUAUUCUCCCCCCUCGCUGCCCGCCGACAGCCCAGCCUCCUCCCUGGGCUCGGGCACGGGGCAGAGGCGCUCCCCCCUCUCCGACUACAUGAACAUUGACUUCGGGUCGCAGUCGCCCUCCCAGUCGGGCACGGUCUCGGUGGGCUCCUUGGAAGCGCUCUCACCAGGCUCUUCCUCCAGCACCAGUCAGCCUGAUGGGCGCUACCUGAAAGCGGCUGUGGGGGUGACUUGUUUGUCCAGCCCGUCCGACGGCGGGGAUUACACCGAGAUGACCUUUGGCAUGGCCACCACCCCGCCCCAACCCAUCGCUCAGAAGCCAGAAAGUGCCCGGGUCACCAGCCCCACGGCUGGGGUGAAGAGGCUCACCCUCUCCGGGGUGGAGGCUUUCAUUCUUGCCAGCCCGCCCCCAGACCCCAACCGCGGGGCCAAGGUCAUUCGGGCCGACCCCCAGGGGCGCAGGAGGCACAGCUCGGAAACUUUCUCCUCCACCACCACUGUGACCCCCGUGUCCCCUUCCUUUGCACACAACCCCAAAAGGCACAACUCGGCCUCGGUGGAGAACGUGUCCCUCAGGAAAAGCGAAGGCCUGGAGGAGGAGCAGGGCAGCAGCCCCAUGUGCCGGGAGACCUCAGCCGGCUUCCAGAACGGCCUCAACUACAUCGCCAUCGACGUGGUGGACGGGACCCUGGCAAACUGUGACAAAGCCAGGUCGAAAGCCAGGCACGUCCUGAAAGGAGGUAUCAACGGAGUGGAGACGAGCGCCUAUGCCAGCAUAGACUUUCUGUCUCACAACCUGAAAGAAGCAAGUGCUGUGAAAGGAAGUACAGGAAGAUGGAAAAGAUGAGAGAUCCACCGUUGGCAGAGCGAGCUUUGAACCUAAUUAAGACGAGAGGAUUGUUGAAUGAAAUGGCAAAGUUUUAAAGGAUGAACGCUUACUCUGAAUGACUCGAAGGGUUGGGUGCAGAGUGUUCCUUGUCAGUUGCUUUUAUUUUUGCUGGAGACAUUUUUGGGAUUCGCGUGUCUUGACCUAAAGCGUUGUGGAUGCUGCAAUUACUGGUGGCGUUGCCAUCUAAAAGGCCAGCUUUGGGACCGCAGCCCAGGACACUGGCAAACGACCGUGCACGUUUCUUUGCAAAAAAAAAAAAAAACAAAACUAAUUUUUCACAGAAACAAGGGGUUUGUCUUGAGCCACCUAUGGCUACGACUGCAAGCCAGGGGGUGCUGGGAAGGAGAGAUUUCCACAACAGUCUCCAAACUGCUGACCCCAAGGCAGAGGGGGAGCAGGGGGAGGGGAGCGGGAGCCAGUGACAGAGAAAACCUGGCGUGGAUGGCGGCGUUUCCAUCACCCAGGCGGAAAGCAGGAGUAGAGCAGCCGAUCAGCCAGAUAAGCUGGGGGAAUUGACUGCUGUCCUUCUGACAAAGUAAACAAAAGGGUAAUGCAAUAAACACAGCCACGUUAAUUUGGUACACGGUGUACAGAGGAGAGGGUUUAAUUGUAUAUUUAUCCACGGGUGGUUAUAGACUUACUUUAAUAUGUAAUCUGCAUGUGUAUUUAUUUCCCCCGUUUCCUUUAAGCUUAUAAAUGUCGACCGCAUCCAGAAGCGUUCUGGGUAAACUCGUCGAGGUUUAAUCUCCACGUAGGAGGCAAAGCUCUCCUUCCCAUCCUUCUGUUUCCCUGAAAAAUGUGUCCGCCUACUGCGCAUCGGUGCAGUCUCGCUCUGCUCGGGGAUUGCUGUAGCCAAUAUCAGGCCAGGGCGGUAAGAAAAAACUUGCACAAGCAUCCCUCAGCAGCGUUCUGGGUUAUAUGUCAAACGCAGGGUUUCAUGCCAGUUGUGUUUGUGGCAGACUGACUGGGAGAGUCAUAGCAUGGGAAAGUAGGAAUAUAUCACAGAGAAUCUUAGGAGUGUAUGUAGGAUCGACUUGUGCAAAUUUCUGAGUUUCUCUUUUGUUUUUUGUUAGGAUUACACACUGAAGUUUGUUUACAGAGCUGCUUCUGCCACUGUUAAAAAGAUGACUUAGUGUUGUGCCAGUGUAUUUAAAUAUCAAAAGUUGUGGCUUGGGAGAUUAUUAAGACUUUCAUAUUCUGCAGAGAAAUACAUAGACAAUUUAAAGAAAACCAUAUUUGUGCAUAAGGAAGAGUAAACUUACUUUAACACAGAAGUAAUUCUGGUAGAUUUGGGAGAAUCUGAUUUAGUAAAGUAAUGGUUUGUACAAGAGAUUGCUUAUAUUGUAUAUAGUCAGCAUUGUUUACUUAGCUCUUUGCACUUUUUUCAGAUGUUGUUUUUGAAUAUAUUAUCAAAGGGGGAAGCCUUACUUCUUCAAAACUAAAGAGGGAGUUUUCUAGGGAGUUUUUUUAAAAACAAUGGAGGAUCCAUAUAUGUUUAGUAGUUGGAACAGGGGAACAGUUCAGAUACAGGAUAGAUGAACAAUCUCGUAAUUCAGAGUAAAAUACAUUUAAAAAAAAAAAAAAGAUGGAAAAAAAAAUAAAUCUGAAUGCUUCCUAAAGGUCUGCAGCAAUUAACAUGUUUUCAUGUGGAUAAAAAUUUGAAUGGGAAUUAUCUGUACCAUUUGGAAGUGAUUGGUUUUCACGUGUAGCUUGUCUCCUCUGCCAGUACCUGACCUCUGCUGUAGCAGUGCUGCGCUUCUGGGAUUCUCUCCUGUCAUGACAAGAGCAAGCUCCUGCCACCACAAUAGCAGUGAAAACAGAAAAAUCAAAAGGUUGCUUGAAAUUAUCAGCUCAUUUAGUUUCACUGUACUCUGAAAGUGUGCAAAUGCUUAAGAAUCUGGGAAAACGCUUGCCUUCGUCCAACAUGUAAAUAAAAUAAUACUGUUACCAGUCAGUUAAAACUCUUGUUACAUGCUGAUAAUUAGCUAGCCUUUGUUCUUAUAUGAUGAUUGCUUUUUUUGCUUUAAAAAAGUAUGAACUGUGUAUGGUUUUUGUUAUUUAUGGAGACGUUUACAGUUAUUUUCACAUAUAGUGUAAAUUAUUUAUUCCACUGUAUUUAUGACAGAUCACACCCAACGAUGAGAUGAGUUUUUAUGGUGGAUCUUAGCUCCACUGAAGUCAAGUGGGAGCUUUGUCUCAAUUUCGGUGGGGUCAAGAUUUUACCCUUUGUGUGUAAUCCUGGAAUUCCUAAGUGAAAUUCCCAUUAAAUUCAGUGGGUGUGUAAUAGGGAAUUUUGCUUGAGUGAAAACACCAUACUUGGGUGUGUUAUCUUCAAUUGUGUUUUCUAUUAACAAAAUGCUCUGUAACUUUUAAAUGCUUCUAGUAGUUGGUCUAAUUUUCCAAAACUGAACAGAUACUAUGUAUAAUGAUGCAAAAAAACAGAGGGUGGUUUCCUCCUCUGUUAGUUUCCUUUGUCUUGAUUUAUUUAAAGUAGUCAUCAGCUGUAAUGCAUCUACUUAAGAUCGUAAUAAGGUGAUUUUUGAUAAUAAUGAACCUCCCCCUUGUCAAUUAGCUCUUACUUUUGUGAGGGUUUUAUGAUUGCGCCUAAACAAUAAAAAGCCUAUCUUAAGAAAUCUCUUCCUGUGUCUUUCUAAUGGCAUUUCAGAUUAUUUAAUACAUAACCCUUGUUUCCUUUUUCUUUUUAGAUUACUUUGCACAAUGAAUUAUUAAGAUCUUUUCCCUUCUACUGUGCCAAAUGCCAUAAAGUUUUGGUUCUCAGAGCGGCAUGAGAAUGUUUAAUUGUCUCGUUUCCAGAACUUGCAUUCGUUUCUAAAUGACUCCUUAAAAGAAUUGAAAGAACUAUGUGCUGUGUUAGAAAUCUGUACAUGUUUUAAAAUCUUCUUUGAAUAAAGUAGUUGUAAGUGUAGUAUUUUCUCUUACUGACAACUUCCUUGAGAACAUUGUAAUUAACACCCGAAAGAACUGAACUACUCUUAAUAGCUUACGUAGUUGGAUUUCACCUCUUGAACUAAGAAUUAAAAGUCUGAGGUUGUCUCUUGCUGCCUCUAUGAAUGCACUUCUUGUCUCUAAAAUUGCAUUUUACAGGUGACCACACCAAAAUGGUUAGGUCUGAACCAAGCAGAGCCAUUCAUUGAACAAAAUGUAAACUGAGUUUAUCUGAGAUGAAAUGAAGCCUUUGAUAUUUUAAAUGAUGUUGAUUAUACGGACGUCAGCUUUUUACAAGCAGACAGAAUAUUAAAACUUGUAACACGUUUUAGACUUCUAUUUUGCUUUAUACUCUAAAUUAUGUUUAGCUAUACUGUUCAUAUAAAGAAUGUCAUGGUUGCUUUGAGUCAUUUAAGAUAAAUUGUUAUAGACAGAGUUGAAUAGUGGGUUUGUUCUAAAAUGAACCGGUACAGUCAUUGCUCAAGGCAGAGGAAAUGCUUAGGUUGAUGAUUGCUUCUGAUUACUUGAUUUCUUUCAAGAUAGCUACAGAGACUAACGUUCACUUGUGAGUAAAAUGGAUGAAGGAAUGUUUGAACAGAGGGAGCAUUAGGACAUGUUUUAUAUGGUGGUGUUUGGUUCUUUUUUUGUUUUGUUUUUGUAAUAAGGGGAGAAUAACAUGGGUUUCUUUACACUCACUUUACUAUUAGUUUUAAAUAGUGUUAAUUAUACCGGGAUGCUGAAGUGGUGUAAAAGUUUAAACACAGCAAGCAUCCACAGAAAAUUGUGCUAUCCUCAGUGUAUGUAGUGUAACUUUCCUCCCUAUUCAUCAGGUCAGUGGCAGCAUAGAUACAUUCAGGUACUUUCUGGUUAUAUCAGAUUUUCUUUAAAGCACCGAGAAAGCAUCAAUAAUAUGCUUCUUUUUGAAGUACUGAACAUAUAAAUAAAUGGCUGUAUCUUUUUUUUUCCCCAGUUUGUUGAGGUGUUGUAUGAACUACAGUGGUUGUCCACUUGUUCUCUUUGUGUGUAGGUGUCAAAGUGCGUGUAGUAACAGAAUCACGUGAGCAGCCUAUUUGAUGAACUGCGAUGUGCGAUUCUUUGGGUUUCACAACUCUGUUGUUUUGUUGUUGCUUAGAGUGUUUGCUUAGAAGUGAGCUGUGUGUGCAUGGAAAUCAGUAGCAUCCAUUCACUUUUACAAGAUGGUGCACUGACCCCAGAGUUCAGUCGUGUUUUGCUUGUGUGCGCAUUGUCUGGUACGCAGUUAUUUUUAAAGUUUUUGUGUGUAUGUAUGUAGGGGGUCAAGAGUGGCAGCCUCGAAGAGCCAAGUUCAGCUGAGUAGUUCCUUGCUGCCAACUGCUGAAAAGACUGUUUUUCCUCCUGGAGCCUGUCCAAAGGGCAACUUUUGUUGUUUUUUUUGCUUUCACACUGGUAUUUGUCUCUGCUGCCUGACCGUGUGCAUCUCCCAGUAGUGCUCUAGGCACUCGCUACAAUCAGCAGGAGUAAACAGAGCCACCAAGGCUCCUCCCACCUACUUUAAAUUCCUACUAGAAAGCAGCAUGAAUUUUCCCCUCAGCUUGACUGCAUCUCUGUCAGCUCUGGAAGAAACCUGGAUGACUGGUAUAGGUGCUACGUGCAGUUUGCACACUCAUGUACUCAGGAUGAGUCCCUUAGUUGCAGGGCUGUAUUUGUAUUUGGGGCUUAGGCAUUGAUAGCAUGACUGAAAACUUGGAAAAAGCAACAUAAGGAUUACUUGCACCUUUAUGGAGGAUAACUUAAAAAAUACACUUCAUUGAGUGUAGGGUGCUAAUAGAAUAACCUCUGAGGAGAACGGGAGAAGGCACACCACUGUGCUGGACACGAAGCAGUAAUGCUCCUAAAGUCAUUACCGUGACUCCUCCGGUAAGUGCCUCUGCCUCUGUCUGGAGAAGUGCUGCUGCCUGGCCCCGGCAAUGCAAAACGGACCACCAGCACCAGUCAAAGCAAAACCAGCAGAAUUUAGAAUAAAUAGCUUGGUCUAAUCGUGAGGGAUCCAGUUGGAAAUCAAUUUAAAAAGACCAAAGACAAUGCUCCAACUUGUUAUCUCUCCAUUUUUUCUUAUUUUCAAACUUCCGUUUUUUUUCAAAACAAAUUAUCACUUUUUUAUCAGCUAUGGCAGCCUGAAAUUCUGUAUAGGUGUAUCAAAAAUACUAAAAAACAAACAAACAAAAAAACACACAGUUUUUGCACACAGUGAAGGAUGUGAAGAAGCACAUCAGAAGCUGAAAGCAGGGGAGUAAUUUCUAAAAUAUGUGUUUCUGGUACUAGGUUUGUUUGUUCCCUGUCAAAUCCAGAUUUGUGUGUCUCAGCUGAUGUAAAAAAUAGUUUAGAGUGCAUUAUUUCAGUAAACCAAUCAAAAAAUAGUCAAGAAAAAAAAAAA